AUGUCCACCACAGUAACCACCACCUCCCAAACCCUUAAAAUGCCCGCCGCCCGCGCCCUUGAGAACGCCAAACAAUCCUCCGAAUCAGUCCUCAGCGACGCCUCCUCCGCAAUGUCCAAAGCCGCAGAGAACCCCAAAAAGGCAACCACAGACUUCCUCCACACCCCUUUUAUGCGCGCCGCCCUGCCCUUCAUCAAUGGCGGUCUAGCAGGCAUGACAGCCACCACGGUCAUCCAGCCCGUCGACAUGAUCAAAGUUCGUCUCCAACUGGCCGGCGAGGGCGUGAAAACAGGACCCAAACCAACCCCCAUCAGCGUCCUCAAAGACGUCGUAGCCUCGGGCAAAGUAACAGAUCUCUACACUGGCCUCAGCGCCGGCCUCCUCCGCCAAGCCGUCUACACAACCGCCCGCAUCGGAUUCUUCGACACCUUCAUGUCCACCCUCUCCACCCGGGCAAAAAACAACAACACCACCAUCGGCUUCAAGGAACGCGCAGCCGCCGGCCUCGCCGCAGGAGGCCUCGCCGCCAUUGCCGGAAACCCCGCCGACCUGGCCCUGAUCCGCAUGCAAUCCGACGGCCUCAAACCAGCCGCCAGCCGCGCAAACUACACCUCCGUCAUCGAUGCCCUCACCCGCAUCGCCCGGACCGAAGGCGUGGCCAGACUAUGGGCUGGCGCCUACCCGACCGUCGUCCGCGCCAUGGCCCUCAACUUUGGCCAGCUCGCCUUCUUCAGCGAGGCCAAGCAGCAGCUCAAGCACACAUCGCUCUCGCCGCAGACGCAGACGCUGACGGCCUCUGCCGUGGCUGGCUUCUUCGCCUCCUUUCUCUCCCUGCCUUUUGACUUUAUGAAGACGCGGUUGCAGAAGCAGACGAGGGCGCCAGACGGCACGUUGCCGUACAAGGGCAUGUUUGACUGCUUUCGAAAGGUGGCGAGGGAGGAGGGCUUGUUGAGGUUUUAUCGCGGGUUUGGGACGUAUUAUGUGAGGAUUGCGCCGCAUGCAAUGGUCACCCUCAUCGUCGCAGAUUAUCUCGGCUUCAUCACUAAAUAA